AUGUUUAGGAAAAUGGCGACGAAUCCAGAUGAAGUUGGGAAAUCUUUAAAAGUUGUGCUUGAAAACAUACAGAAAGCUGUUGCAUUGAGGCCAAAGUCACUUCCUGAUGUUCACCCCCGACUAGUUGCAGUAACAAAAACCAAACCAGUGUCUGACAUUAUAGCAGCUUACAGCCAUGGCCAGAGACACUUUGGUGAAAACUAUGUUCAGGAACUAUGUGAGAAGUCUAAUGAUACACAGCUCCAGGAAUCAUGUGCAGAAAUAAAAUGGCACUUCAUCGGUCAUCUACAGAGGAAUAAAGCAAACAAAAUUGCAGUGCUACCUAACCUGUAUAUGGUAGAGACUGUGGACUCCCAGAAGCUUGCACAGACCCUCAACAAUGUUUGGGAGAAGCACAGACGGACAGGCAAGCUCAAGGUCAUGGUGCAGGUCAAUACUAAAGGUGAAGAGAACAAGUCUGGUUUGCAAGCUGGUGAUGUUGAGGGCUUAACACGAUUCGUCAUCGACAGGUGCCCAUGUCUAGAGUUCGCUGGGCUUAUGACAAUAGGUUCCUAUGGGUAUGACCCUGCGGACGGGCCUAACCCAGACUUUCUGGCGCUCGUGAGACAGAGAGAGGAAUUAUGUCAAGCUCUGGGUCGUAGCUUGGAUCAGGUGGAGCUCAGUAUGGGAAUGUCUACAGACUACAUGCAUUCUAUUGAGCUUGGCAGCACAAAUGUUCGAGUUGGAAGUACAAUUUUUGGUGCAAGGAAUUAUCCUCAAAAACCUGGCAGCCAGUCAAAAGGCAGUUCUACUGAGGGUAACCAAUCAGAUUCAACUAGUGAUGCAGGAGCCAGCUCAGCAGUAGCUACCUCAGAAAACAACAGCCAAUCAGAUAGUGGUGCUAAAAAUAGCCAAUCAAGUGCUGGGUCAAAUAACCAAUCAGAAAGCAGUAAUGUUUCAAGUAACUGUGAUAGUUUAACUGGAAAUUCAGAAGUUUCUCAAGAAAGAACAGUUAAUGAUAUUCAAAAUUUAAGUUUAAGAAAUUAAUUGAAUUUGAAGCGGGUUUCAUAUUUGAAAAAAAAAAGUGUAAAAAUAUUAUCAAGUCAAGUCAACAGAAUAUUGUCAUAGACUCAAUGUUGUGGUUGUCACCUGUCAGCAUACCAAAAUGUAUUACUGUAAGCAAUAACUUUAGUAAAAAAAAUCAAGAAAUUAGCAUGAAAUUUGUUGCUGUAAAACAUGCAAUCAUUGUACCAGUAAAUAGGAACAUGUGUCACAAGUUCAAUAACUCUGGCUUAAAUAUUAGUUAAAUUAUGCUCCUUGAUUUAUUUAGAAAAACAGGUGAGUGCUGGCAUGUGCUUGCUAUAUAUAUAUAUAUAUAUAUAUAUAUACCAGUGCUCCAGCCAGGAUCUGAAAAGGGCAGGGUGGAGUUUUGAAAAGGGCAAGCUACAUGAGUCGUGUAGGGGCGAUUGGGGGUGGUCGUG